AUGGCUGCAAAACAGAUUCUUAUAAAUGAUCACAGAAACCAUCCUGAUACAAAAAAAUUUAAUAAUAGUAAAAGAUUUAACAAUACAAAGGAUUCUUGCACUAUACAUCCACAUGGGGCACACACCAACGCUGAAUGCCGUUCUCAAAAGACUACAACGAAUCCUAAGUUAAACACAUAUACUGUAGACAAAAAAAAUCAAAAAUUGAUUUAUGAAAAAGUAAUACUUAAAACUAUAUCAAAAAAAAAUCCACAACAGGUGAAUAUAUGUCACCUAGAAGCCAUGAUAGAUAGUGGUGCUUCACAUGUCUUUAUGAAUGAUGAACUAGCCAAAGAAUUGAAUUUAGAAAUCUCCGAAGCUAGUGGACCACACAUAACUACUGGUGGUGGAAAAAUAAAGUCAAAAACAACUUCUACAGAUAUUCAAUUGAAAUUGCAGGGUAAAACUGUAACAAUUGGAAGAGAUGAGAUUCUGAUAAUCAAGAGUGAUAUCCCUAUAAUCUUGGGAACCACAGGCUUGAGUAAGUUGAAUUAUUGCAUCAAAUUUGUCAAUAAUAGAGAUAAUUCUCAGGCUGCUUGUAACUUCUUAAUGGGUAACGAAGAAGAACUUAAUCUCAAAGAAAAACUAUUAGAAAAGUAUCCUCAGGGAUUCUCAAAGAAUAAAUUUGAUAUUGGAUGCUGCCAUUUAAAGGCACCAGUUAUCGAAUUUCUCAACGCUGAACUUCCUAGUUUCAAGCGAUAUGAUCCAAUUCCACCAAUGAUUGGGGAAUUAUCCACACAAAUUCAACAAUUUGUCAAUCUUCAAAUAUUAAAACCUUCUUAUACAGUUCGUUAUGUAGCAAACACGCUAGGUGUUAAGAAAUCUGAUGGUACAAUACGAAUGGUAACUGAUUUUAGAAAUGUAAACUCUAUCAUUGUGAAGGAUAGGUAUGUUUCUGAAAAAAUUACUACUAUAAUGAGAGACUUACAGACUUACACUGUCUGCUCUUUACUGGAUAUUACCAGUGCUUAUUCUCAAGUUCCCCUGGAUGAUAGUAAUUGCGAUACCUUAGGAUGCCGUCUUAAAAGUGAAACUUUUUCUUAUCAACGCUUACCUCAAGGGUUCUGCAAUUCGCCGUCAUACUUUCAGAGAAUCAUAGAUCACUUGAUAGGAAAUAUCAAGAACGUAAUAGUAUAUCAAGACGAUAUACUAGUAUUAUCACCCGAUAUAACAAGCCAUACUGUUACAAUAGAAACUGUCGUGUCAAUAUUAGUACUUAAUGGAUUCAAAUUGAAUAUCAACAAAUGCCAAUUUUUUAAAGAGGAAUGUGAAUUCCUUGGGUAUAAACUGAAACCAACUGGAAUUUCUCCUACUGAAAAAUUCAAACUAAGGAUAAAAACAUAUCCUGAAUGCAACUUAAUUGCUGAUUUAAGAAAAUUUCGAGGAAUUUUCAACUAUAUCAAACAUCUUAUACCUAAUUCUUCAGAAUUAAUGACCAAUAUCAAUACCUAUAUAGGUAAUACCCCUAAGAAAGAGGGGAGAACAAAAACAAUUAUACCAGAAUCAAUAAAGAAUGACAUAAAAAAAAUGGUACAAGCAGCAAUGGAAACCAAUGGAAUAAACUUUAUUAAUUAUUCAAAACAAUUUUACUUAUUUUGUGAUGGUAGCUCUAUUGGGGCUGGAGCCACCUUGUGUCAAUCAAAUCUUAUAAUUAAUACCCCUGAAGCUCACAUAGAUUUCAAACAAUUUUAUGCUGUGGCUUUUUAUUCAACUUCUUGGCACCCGUAUCAAAGGAACGCACCAAGUGUCCUAUAUGAAAUAAGAGCAAUUAGUUAUGCGUUGUCUUAUUUCUCUGAAAUUAUUAAUAACUGUAAAAUUGUUAUAUUAACAGAUCAUAGAAACUUACUGUCAAUAGUCAACAGUUCUAAUGACUAUAGAUUUUUAAAAUAUGCUUUUAACAUAGCAAGUUAUAAUCCACUAUUGGUGUGGAUUUCUGGUACUUCAAACGGAACCGCUGAUUGGUUAUCGCGUCAAAAUGAAUCACCUUCUGAACCAGUUCCACAACAAUGUCCACUUUAUCAAAGGGGGGGAGACCAAUUGCUCAUGCAAUUACAAUUAAAUCAAAAAAAAGAAAAUAAAAACAAAUUACAUGAAAUAGCAAAACAUUAUUUCGAAACCUACCAUUCAAAAUCAAUUCAUAGCAAUAUACAAAAAAUAUGGUAUGUUAUAAAAGGGAGGCUAGUUUCUAACAACUAUAGUCCACGCGAAGCAAAAAUGAUACUGUCAAAUAUUAGAAAAAUGAUAGAUCAGUGCGAGAUAUGUUUGAAUGAAAAUAUUAUUAGAAGAAGAAAACCAAAGAGCUCCUUCUUCACAUAUCCAUUUGAAAAAGUAUAUACAGACUUAAGUUAUUUCGAAAAAAUCGCUGGUAAGCCGAAUUCUGAAAAAGUCAUAGUAAUUUCAAUUAUUGAUGGAUUUAGCAGUUAUCUUAUUGCGGGAACACUGAAUAAUGCUUCAUCAACAUCAAUCAAUAAAUUUUUCCAAGACAAUUUAUACAACCGUUUCGGAUAUCCUGCUCAAAUACAUAGUGACAAUGCAAAAUGUUAUAGUGAUGGGGAAUUUGCAGAGACAUGUAAAAAAAUGGGGAUAAUACAAAGCUUUUCAAUAAAAUAUUCUCAUGCUACUAACCAGAUGAUAGAGAGAUCAUUCUCUACUUUACAAUUAGCUAUUAGGAAGACUUGUGCAGAAAACAAUACUAAGCAUUGGAGAGAACGUUUAACUUGGAUUGUUUAUCAAAUAAAUAAUUCUUGUUUCGGCGAGGAAAGUUAUUCACCAAAUCAAUUAAUUUAUUCCUAUCCACAUCGUACUACUGUAGAAAAAGCAGAUGGAAAUUUUAUACAAAAAAAUUUAAUGGAAUAUCAUGGAAUAAAAAAAGAAAUUCAAAAAUUACCAACAAGAAAAAUCUUGUUUAAGAAUAAUAACAAGAAAGGAAAAUUAGGACAACAGAAUAGUGUUGGAAGCACCAUCGAGGUGUUGAAUCCCGAAUCAACACAUCCUACAUAUAAAGUACUGCCCGAAGAUUCUACUGAUCUUAGAGAGUCCAAGAAAGUAUCAAGUCAAUGUUGUAGAAGUCCUUUAAUCUAUUCGAGCACGACUGGAGCUCAAAUGAUCAUGGACACUCAACAGACUAUAAAAAAUCAUUGUUCACCAAGAAUUCUUAUUGGAGAACAAUCUUAG